AUGCCUGUUGCCACUUCUCCCUCGGCCAUUCUCCCUGCGUCUCCCGUCGUCAAGAUGGAAGACAGGAAGAGACCUGCCAACCGCAAUGCCGAUGACCUCGCUCCUCCUAGCAAACGACAUCAGGUCAAUGGCAGCAGCAAGUCUCGUGAUGAAGCCCUUGACAUGAAGGACGAGGCUUGGAUCGAGGCAUUUCAAAAAGAUGCAAUAUAUCGGCAGAUGCUCGAGUACAAGAGAGAGAAAUCACAACUAGAGGCCCGUCUCGAGGAGCUUGGGAAGCAGUACGAACACUAUGAUAUCCAUCUCAGGACCAUCGAUGCAUGGUGGCUGCAGCUAUUGCAAGAGGUUGAGCUGGUCGCCGAAGGCAUGUUCACCGACAAAUUCGAAACCCACGAUUUGUCCCCAUCGAUCGGACUUGGCUCCCAAGAUGUUCAGCUUUUCCAGAGACACCUGGCCGAGAACGGCAAGGCAAUCAAGUCAAUCCUAGAAACCCUCUUCAACCGGCUGGCCACCCAGCGGGGUGAUGUUAAGCCCGAGAUUGCUGAAAUGGAGUCCAAGAUCAAAUCUCUUUUGGCUGAGCAAAAGGAGUACAAGGUGCAGUUAGAAAGCCUCGCCCAUAAGAAGGAGGAGCUCUCUGCAAAUCUGGAUGCGGCCAUGCUACGCGUUGUCAAAGCCGAGAAGAAGUUAGAUCGCGCCAAAAGCGCACAAGUUCAGAAGCUUGAGCAACAAGCCCUUGCUUCUUCCACAAGCCGGGCCGUACCCGCCACGGCAGAAAAUGGCGACGACACAGGCGACAGCAACGGUCAUGACGAGAAUCUGCACAUCAAAUACCAAGAGGCUGUUGUUACGAUGGCCAAGCAAAAAGAGCAGUUGGAGUCGGCAAUCUCCGAGAUCAAGGCGCUCAAGGAUGAGAACUCAACAUUGAAAAUCAAGCGUGAAAGCGUUACGGAUGAAGAGUUCGUGCGAACGGACGUCUUCAAAGUUUUCAAAUCUCAGAACGAGGAUCUCAUCAAACGAGUCAACGAUCUGGAGGCCACCAACAAGCAGCUGCGUCACGAAGCUGAGAAGUUACAGGCCGAAAGGACAUCCUUUCGCAGUCAGCUAGAACGCGAGGCGCAGAACGUUACGGCAGAUCUUGAAGAGCAAAUUCAAACCAGGGAAACGGAUCUUACUCGUGUUAGGUCGCAGAGAGACGAACUCCUUGCCGACAAGGGCAUCCGCCAGGCCCAGCAGGAGCAGGAACGAACAUCUUUGGAGAAUUUCAAGGAGUUGGUAGGCGCCAAAGAGGACCGUAUUGCUGCGCUGGAAAUGGAGCUUGAACGCCUUCGCCCAAGCUCGGAUGCGCCCGCUUCCGAGCCUCGCCCCGACCUCGAAUCGAUCACUGUGGAGGAGUUGCGGGAGAAGUUCCUGAAGUUGGAGAAGGACUUCCAGUCGAUCAACCAGGAAUUGCCAUCUAUGGAGAAGGCAUACAAGCGUUCCAUGGGUAUUUCUAAAAAGAAGGUCAUGGAUCAGCACUUGACGGAGGAGCGGAUGGCGGUUCUCAUACAGGAGAAGAGCAAGGCCGAUCAGAAGUAUUUUGCCGCCCGGAAAGAUGCGGACAUACGCAACAACGAGAUAAGAACCCUUCGGCAGCAAAACGGCAAGAGCUCCGAGAUCAUCGCGGCGCUCAAGGAACAUGAUACACAGGCGCGCACACUGAUCAGCAAUCUGGAGAAGCAACUCACGGAUCUGAAGCAGUCGAAUGUGGCCGUUCUUGAGGAGAGUCGAGGUCUCAAGGUUUCAAGCGCCGAAGCUAUCCGACGGGCCGACAGCGUCAAGUCACAAAUCACCGAGCUGCAGAAUUUGGUCAAGUCAAAGGACGUAGUGGCUGUCGCAGAGAAGGAAAAGGCGAACAACCACGAGACGGAGUCCGAAAGGCUCAAGGUGCGGCUUGAGCAUGCCGAAAAGGACGUGGAGACGUGGAAGAAGAAAGCUUUCGGCAAGUCUUCAAGCGAGCUGAAUGAUUUGAGACAAAUCGCUCUCUGUUCCAUUUGCCAGCUGAACCCGAAGAACUCCAUGCUCAGGACCUGCAACCACAUCUUUUGCAAAGAAUGCGCGGAGGCACGUCUCACCAACCGGCUGAGAAAAUGCCCCAACUGCAGCAAGCCAUAUGAUAGGCCUGAUAUCAUGCCCAUCUAUCUGACUUGA